CAUGGACACUCUCUUUAAGAAGAUAGACUUUCAGUCCCACACCAAUAACACUGAUCACCACACCAAUGAAAUCUCAACGGACCAGCUGGUCGUGAGGCGAGGCCAGCACUUCGUCAUUAUUCUUGACCUGCUGCAACCUUUCAACCCCGACAGCGAUGAGCUCAUCUUCACCGCAUCAACCGGUGAGAUACCGGAGCAGGAUCGAGGGACUCUGUCAGUCUUCGGGAUCCCAGACAGCGCCGCAAAGCGUUCGCAGUCAGCGAAGGCAGUGUGGAAGGUGGAAUUUAGCGGUAGUUCUGUCCUGCAGACGAAGAGACUGAUGCUGUAUGUGAAGCCGCCGGCCGACGCCCCCAUUGGGAAAUACACCCUGUCUCUGAAAGCAGGGCAGAAAGAAAACACUCUGGGAACCCUGGUGGUUCUCUUCAACCCCUGGUGCCCAGACGACUGGGUGUUUCUGCCUGAAGAGAAGAAGAGACAGGAGUAUGUGAUGAAUGAACAAGGAAUUAUCUACAAGGGAAGUACCUUUUACGUCUUUGGUACAUCCUGGGACUUUGGACAGUUUGAGGAUGAAGUUUUGGACAUUUGUCUGAAGAUACUGGACCUCAACCACAAACAUGAGAAUGACCCGGCUGAUGAUGUCUCUGCUCGCUGUAACCCCAUCUAUGUCAGCCGUGUGAUCAGCGCCAUGAUUAACUCUGAGGAUGACUAUGGCGUGCUGAUGGGACGUUGGUAUGGUGAUUAUUCUGACGGGCACUGUCCAACCUCCUGGAGCAGCAGCGUUGACAUCUUAAUGAACUGGUAUGAAAAUGGAAACCAGCCUGUGAAGUACGGCCAGUGCUGGGUGUUCGCCGCUGUCAUGUGCACAGUGAUGCGCUGCCUUGGUAUUCCCUGUCGUGUGGUCACCAACUUCCAGUCAGCUCAUGACACUGAUCAGAGUCUGACUAUCGAUGUUUUUCAUGGAGAAGAUGGAGUUGAACCUCCUGAAAGCAGUGACAGUGUCUGGAACUUCCAUGUGUGGACGGAGGGGUGGAUGAGACGACCAGACCUGGCAGAAGAUGGCAGCUAUGAUGGCUGGCAGGUUCUGGAUCCAACACCACAGGAGCCAAGUGAAGGACUGUACUGCUGUGGGCCAGCUUCGGUCAAAGCCAUCCUUAAUGGAGACACUCACCAGAAAUACGACGUCCCGUUUGUCUUUGCCGAAGUCAAUGCUGACUGUGUGGACUGGCUGAUUGCAGAUGAUGGUUCGAAAGUUAAGCUCCACUGUGAUUCCCACAAAGUUGGCCACUAUAUCUCCACCAAGUGUGUCGGCAGUGACAAGAGGCAUGACAUCACUAAAACCUACAAACAUCUGGACCACAAAAAGGAGAGGGAAGUCUUCAAAUAUGCCUGCAGGAGAAACAAAAGCAGAGAGGCAUUCGACGAUAGCGAUGGGGAGGAGGUGCUAGAGGAGGAAGGUGAUGAGGAUGAGGAUGAAGAAGCUCUGGAUGAAGGAGAAAAGGAGGAGGUGUCACUGCAGCUUGAAGAGGUGUCCACGCCAGUGAAUGGUCAAGAUGUUGAAUUGAAGCUGCUGGUGCACAGUAGCAAUGGUGUGAGCCGGCCUGUGUCCAUCAACAUCAGCGUCCAGGCGAUGAAAUACACCGGCACCCCAGCUGCUACCAUACAGAAAGAGAAGAAGGAGGAAACUCUGCAGGCCGACAAAGAUCUGUGCAUCCCUAUCCGGAUCCCCUUCUCAGUCUACAGACGUCACAUGGAGGACUGCAACAGUAUAAGGGUUUCUGCUGUGGUCAAAGACAAGGACAAUCCAGAAAAUGUGUACCUGGUGGAAAACGACAUCGUUCUGGAGCACCCCCCCCUCGACAUCUGUUUUACAGGUAAGGCCUACCUGUACCGCGAGGCAUCAGUGGAGAUUUUGUUUAAGAACCUGACGGAUGACACUUUGAAGGACUGUGUCCUGACUGUUUCUGGAAGUGGCCUGUUAAAACAGAAUGUUGUACAGAAGUUGCCCGAGCUGCAGUCUGGUCACCGGGCACGAGUCACCAUUUACUUCUGUCCCCACAAGAUUGGAAAGAAGACUCUGCUAGCCGACUUCGACUGCUCCCUGUUCAGAGACAUCAAGGGCACCUGCACCGUCAACGUCCUACCAUACAACUCUUAUCCACUACGUUAGAGUUAGCCAGGCGUCCGCAGCACAAGAUGGUGGAUAGGUUAACUCUUUGUGCUGCACACUGAACCGUCUCAUGGCUGAGCAGGAUAAAAAAAGUCCUGAUGCUUCUCACUUAUGUGUUGAUGUUCAAUGAUUUCUAGAAGUGAUGUUGUGAUGAUUUAUUUUCAUUCUGUUCUUAUUUGCUUUGCUGUACUCAUUUUCCCUCAAACUGCUUUGUCUGUUUUCUAUUUUAUCAUUUUCUGAUAUUCUGAGAAUGGCUUUCAACAACCUCCAGAGAAGAUUUGCUGGCACAUUGCCAUAUUAAUAGAGCUGCCAAGUCAACUGCUUGGUAGCCCUGGGGUGCUUCCAUGGUCAUGGCUGCAGCCUUCUCUCAAAUUCAUCAUUGCUUGAUGUUGCAUUGCAUUCUACUUCCUCCAACUGUGAUGGAGAAAUUGGUCCCUGUGCCUCUUUCAUGAUGAAUUGAUAUCUGUGAGACAUAUUGGGGGCUCUGGAAAGAGGCCAGUCUUUGUGAGGGACUCACACUUAACCGUGACUUAAAUAAAUUAAAUUUAAUGAAUUGUCCUUAUGCU